UGUGUGUGUGGCUGGUGUUCGAGGUAUGGGCUUCUAUCUAAAACACUGCGUUGCAACUGGUGGACAGGUCCCGCAGUCCCUCAUCUCUGCUAUGGUCAAGUGUUUCAACCACUCAUCCAACGACGUCAAAAUGGCCAUCGCUCAGAUGAUCUGCCAUGUUGCCUUGACAACAGAAUCACCUCUGGACAUGUCAAUUGUACGAGGGAUACUGGUAGUCUUGGUCAGCAAUACGAAAGACAAGAACACGGCUGUACAGGCCGACAGCGAAUGGGCGUUGGUUGCGCUUCUCAGGCUAAAACAUGGAGAUGAAUUUUUACAGGAAGUGAUGAAAACCCUUGACUCGGUCCCAGCUUCCAACCUCAAUGAUUGCCUCAAGAGAUUACGGAAAGUUGCGGCACAGAACUUCCCAAAAAUAGAUAUCGAUGAAACUGUCUUGCGCUGAUAUUUUCCAAGAUGGUAGUCUUACAUUUUAUCAGGACGCUAUCUAAGUUUCUUUUUUAAUUCUUCAUUUCAAAGGACUGAAUUGACAGUGGAGCACUGCUGUUCAUGGCCAAUAUCACUAUGAUAGCCUUGUGAUGAUAGUUUCAUGACUGGUGAACAUGUACUAGAUAGACUGUGCUAUACUUUCAUAUAUUUCCCGUCCAGCUGCUAUUCAUCACUCAGAAAUGGAAUAGACUCAAUGAGAAAUAUACGACAGCAUAGCUUGUUACGGGAUAAUAACACACCCACUUCAGAGCAUUCAGAUUGUUCCGAUGCUGUUCCGAAGUAAUGUUUGAAAGUUGUUUUUCAUCUGGACAUUGCCCACAAAGAGAAGGCUCGGUAGAGUGCCCCCAAUCAUUGUAAAAUUUGACUUUUGUGCUGUAAAAGGGAAAAUUACACCAAAUUGUGUUCAGGGGCCAUUGCAUCAAUCGAUCCUGGCAUGAUUGAUAAAAAGAGCAUAUGCCGAUAAAAUUCAUUUGAAUUAAAAUUUGAAAACUACAGACUUGAAAUGAGGUGACUGUUUUUUACAAACCGGUCUGAAGAAUUUUCUGAAUGUUUACAAGUCACUGAUAUACAUCAUCAGCAUUUAAAGAUUGUGUAUUACAACAUAUCACAGGGUCUGAUUAUGAACAGCCCAGCUUCUGGGAAAUUGAUGAUAUUUGGACAAAGGUUUUCUUCUUCUUACCAUUUGUAUCAAUUUAUCUUGUUCACCAGCUUUGUCUCAUAAAAAUACAUCAAGAGUUGUAUGGUGCAAUUGUCAAUGAGAAUAUUUGUGUUAUAUUUUUAUGUGUUUCGUUUCAACCAGGAUCAAUCAUGGGUUGUCAUGUUUAGCACAAUAUUUUUGGGAAAUAUUCUUCAUUUUCAUGUACAAAUAUCAAAAUUUUAUGGGAAAUGUUUCAAAAUAGAAUUGAAAUAUUGCAUAAGUUGGACACAUCUGAAAGUAAUGAAUAAUGUGCUCGAAAUUAAUUUAGUCUUUUGUCUUUUAAUCAUGAUGUUUCUUGUUUUUGCCCUCAAAGCAUUAACAUUGUUGGUUAAUGAAAAUAAUCUUAUUCUUCGUGCAUGUUAAUGAGAUCUAUUUGCAAAGUAUUUUGAGACACCAACAUUUGUGUAAAAGCAAAUGUGAUUUCAAAUAUGUUCCACUGACUCUGUUUUGUUUCAAGUUGGAUAAAAUGUGAUGACAGGAAAUCAAUGAUAUACAUUUAGAUCUGUAUUUGAUUUGGGCUUAGAACAUAAACAAAAAUAUAGCCUUUUACAUAUUUGAUGUAAAUUUCCGUUGCUGAAAACAAGAGACCCUUUGAAAGACAACAUUGGUCAAUUUAAUAGGACACAUUUUACAAGAAACAGUUUGGAUGGAAGACAUUGGUCUACAGCCUUUAUCUAGGUAUUUAUUGAUACCUGUAGAUUAUUUUGGGGUGUUAAAGCUCCGAUAUGUGGUAAUUGUUGUGGAUUACAAUUUAAUGGAAUAGUACCUUAGGGGUUCCCCCCCCCCCCCAUGACAUCCAUUUAUCUAGUAGCUCUGACAAAGUCACUGGCUAGUCACAUGUGCAUUUUACAUGAAUAUUUCAGAGAUAAAGAGUAUUAAAAUAUUGCACAGCUUAAAAGUUUUACUUUCGCACACAAAAUAAACUUUAUAAAGUAUAUUGACACGUGAGGAAAUACAUGAAUAUUGUAUGGCAACUGCACAUAAUUACUAUGUUACAAGAUUAUCUAACCAUGUUUAAUGUAUACAUUGCCUGCGUUUAUUAUAAGUGGAAUUUUCUCAGAGUAUAUAUGUAUUUUAAUGUGAGAAGGCUUCUUCCCAUUUUCGUUUGUAUCUCAUUGGCUCACUGAUGUCAUGUGAUUAAAAUCACAGUGGAUAUUACA